AUGAGGGUCCGGGCGCCGCGCCCUUUCCUCUUGUUGCUUUUGGCCAGCAGCAGGGUCGUAGAAGGAAUGAUGGAGUGGAACCAUGUCACGAGGCCGACGCCCAAUGUCCCGCUCGCGCCCGUGCCGCUUCCUGGGUCUGGGGCUGCGCGGGAUGGCCCGGAGAUUGUAAAGCAGUUAACGGGGUUGUCUCGGUCGAGUACGAAACUGGAUCUUGUCAAGGUUAUUGAGCUUGAGGGGGAAUUAUGGGAGCCGGAGGGAAUUGUGAGGCUUGCGGGUGGUGAUGUAGGGGGGAGUGACAGAGAACGGGACCCAGGGGAGGCUGAUGAGGAGGAUAGUGAUGAUGAGGAAAGAUUCUGGGUUUCGGCAGGGGAGUAUACGGUCCCAACGGAGAAGUAUCCUGACGGAAAAUGGAUUGAUGGGACGGAUCGGAGUGCCGGGGCAGGUUUUGCGCAUUUCGUGGUGUUUGAUGGGCGCGGAAAACGUCUUGGGGACUGGGUUGUUUCCGAGGAAGGGGACUUGGAGUAUCAUAACGGAGGGAUUGAUUUUGACGGGCGGCAUAUCUGGGCUACGCUCUCGCAGUACCGGCCGAAUUCGACGGCGACAGUGGUGAGGGUUGAUCCGGUCAGCGUGGAGAUGGAGAGGGUCUUCAAGGUGGCAGAUCACCAGGGUGGGAUCGUGCAUGAUGUCCACAAUAGGACGUUGACGACCUUGGGUUGGGGUGGGAGAGUUGCGAGGAGAUGGGAUUUAAGCAAGGCCGAGAUGAAAUGGGAGGGCGAAAUUGGUGGUGGGAUCAGGAAAGGGGAACAGGCUCAACUUGGCAAACGGGGUGAAGUGGAUUACGAUGGGGAAGUCGAUGAACCUCUGACUACAAUCGUGAAUCCUUCACACUGGAUCGAUUACCAAGACUGUAAAUCUCUCGGCACCGUCGACGGGAGGCAUCUGAUGCUUUGCUCUGGCAUUGCGACGCUGGCGCCAGGGUUGGAAGUGGGUGGGCUGGCGAUUGUUGAAGUGGAGAGGAUGGUUCCUUUGUGGGAGGUCCCGUUUAUGGAGAGAACAGGGGUUAGCGUGCUGAUGACGAAGAACCCGAUGGAUGUUGCUGUCGUCGGGGGACGAGUGAGACUGUAUUUCGCCCCAGAAGAGGGCAGGGGUAGAAUUUUUGUUUAUGAGGUUCGUGAGGGGUGA